AUGGGUGACGGAAAUGAACACUCAAUCGAGGAACUAAGAAAAAUUCGCAGCACCGCGAAGGCAAAUGUGACGCGUAAGAUAAAUAAACUUAGCGAACUUAUUUCAAACAACAAUAUUCAAGCUGUGGAAGAGACAAAAAACUACCUUUACGAAACCGUCAACGAAUUUCAACUAGCGCAUAAAGCCUAUCAUGAAAAACUCGAAAAUGAAGUCGAGAAAUCGAACUCGUCUCAAUAUUGCGCGGCCGUCUUAGAAGAAGCGGAAAAGCAUAAAAUAAAGGUACAUCUUUGGUUAAGCGAACAACAAAAGAAUGAUAUAGAGGUCCGCCCGGACGAUUCGAUUAGCAACGUCAGUUCUUUGCGGUCAAGAAAAUCUAAAUCGAGCUCCGUGAGAAGUUCAGCAAGUGCCAAGGCAAAAGCUGCUGCGAAAAAGGCAGCGUUAGAAGCUAAAGCAGCGUCGCUUCAAAGGCUGCAUGAACUUCAGUUUGAAGAAUUGAAACUUCAACAAAGAAAGGCUGAAAUAGAACUUCGAGGUGAGAUAGCUGUUGCAGAGGCUGAACGAAGGGUAUACGAAGAGAGUGAAGUCGAAGAAAUGUAUAGUCAAGUAAAGAAGAGCACAGUUUCUCAUGAACAUUCCGAAAAAAUGAACUAUGUUUCUACGAGUAGUCCUGCUAUAGAAUCGAGCAAACAACACGCUCAGCCGAAUGUCCCCAAUCUACCAUUGAACGAUAAGUUAGAAAACCCUAUUCCCUUUAAUGUACCUCUUGAUCCUAAAGAAUGGAAUAAUUACCACAGGAAUAAUCAGAACAGAAAUAAUCACCAUGAAAGUUUUCGUGACGAGUCAUUCCAAAUGCUAAAGGAAGCACAAGAUCGUCAAAAUACCGUACUGCGGCAGUUAAUUGAACAACAACAACAAGGUGUUAUGGCGUUAACAUUACCCCAGCCCACGAUGCAGAUCUUUAAUGGUGAUCCGACCAGCUACUGUGAUUUCGUUCGUGCCUUCGAACAUCUUGUCGAAAGAAAAACCACAAGUCCCAGUGCGCGAUUGUACUAUCUUGUACAGUAUACCUCUGGCCACGUACAAGAAUUGAUGAAGAGCUGUCUUUCAAUGAAACCCAGUGAAGGAUACAUGGAAGCAACACGGCUAUUAAGGGAAAGAUAUGGUCAAAGCUAUCAGAUUGCAUCUGCGCACGUAAAUCGUUUGAUCAAUGGCCCUGUCAUAAAGCCAGACGAUGGUGUUGAGCUCCAGAGAUUUUCUAUUCAGCUAACGAGUUGUGCUAACACGUUGAAGGAAAUUGGCUGUAUCGGGAAACUCGAUAACUCGGAGAACUUGAAAAGGAUCAUCAACCGUCUUCCUACCGCGAUGCGAUACAAAUGGCGAGAUGCAGUGGACCGGAUUGUGGAACAAGAAAGAAGAGACAUAACAAUCAAUGAUGUCACGAAGUUCGUAACAAGUCGAGCGAGAGCUGCAAAUCAUCCUGUUUUUGGAAAGGUAGAGAGAGAAAGAAAGGAAAGGAUUGAUCCUGACCAAAGGCGACUGCGUCCAUCCGGAAUAAGAGCAAAUGGAUUUGCUAUUCACGGCGAAGAAGAGAACCAAGAAGGAUCAACGAAACGAAGGACAUGUCCAUCGUGUAAACAGAAUCAUUGGCUUUCGCGUUGUGAAAGGUUCCGUAAACAAUCGUUAGAAGACAGGCAGAAGUUUGUAAAGGACGAGAAGUUAUGUAAUAACUGUCUACUUCCUGGACAUUAUGUUCGCUCCUGCACGAAGCAGAGUUUUUGCAAGGUUCCAGAAUGCACUGGAAAACACUCGACCUUCCUUCAUCCGAAGAGCAACACAGACAGCAAGAAGACUGAUCAACAAAACAAAGAAGAACCUAAAGAAUCAGGGGAGGAAUCAACGGCAGCCCACACUGCGUACAUCAAGAUGUCUGUAAAGCCCAAUAUCUCAACACGCAGUUCAUCAGCCACAGGAUUGGCUAUUGUCCCAGUUCGAGUGAAAGCAAAAGGUGGGUCAGCGUCCGUAGAAACUUACGCAUUCCUCGAUUCAGGAUCGAACACUUCAUUCUGUACUGAAACCCUACUGAAGCAACUGAACGUAAGUGGAAGCAGAACGAAUCUAUCGUUGACAACAAUACAGGGAGAAAAUGUACCUGCUCAAUGUUCCUUGGUAAGCCUCGAAGUUUCUGACCUUAGCGCUGUAAAUCACGUUGAUCUACCAGUGGUGUAUUCAAGACCAUCCCUACCUAUCUCGCCUGACGCAAUUGGCAAAGAAGAAGAUAUUCACCGUUGGUCACACUUGAAGGGUCUAUCCUUGCCAGAAAUUAAUGCUGAGAUUGGUCUCCUCAUUGGCAGUGAUGUACCAGAAGCCUUACAGCCCAUUGAAGUGCGCCCUAGUGAGAAUGGUGGUCCGUUUGCAACAAAGACUGUCUUUGGAUGGGUAUUAAAUGGUCCUCUUGGCAGAAGCAAAUCAAAGAUUCCAACAGCCAACUUUGUGCAAUCAACUAACGCAUUGGAACGCCAGUUCUACGACUACUGCAACCGUGAAUUUAAUGAUUCAAAUUACGAAGUAGAACAGUCAAUGUCCCAGAACGACAAAAAGGCCUUGAAGAUUAUGGAAGACUCCAUCAAGUUAGUCAAUGGGCAUUAUGUAAUUGGCCUACCCUGGAAAAACUAUCCACCACAACUGCAAAACAACCGAUCCUCAGCUGAACAACGACUGAAUUCACUCAAAAGGCGACUUCAACGAGAACCUAUCGUGCACGAGAAGUAUACGGCCUUUAUGAAUGAUCUUCUUAACAAAGACUACGCAAGAAAGGUGAAUUCCGAAGAUCAAGAUUCGUCAAAAAUCCUUUGGUAUCUUCCCCACCACCCAGUGUUGAAUCCACACAAACCCGAGAAAGUUAGAGUAGUUUUCGAUUGCUCUGCUAAAUACAAUAAUACGUCGCUCAACGACCAACUAUUACAGGGGCCGGAUAUGACCAACACUUUAGUCGGCGUACUCACAAGGUUCAGAGAGGAAAGAGUGGCGAUGACGUCAGAUAUCGAGUCCAUGUUCUACCAAGUUCGUGUGCAACCAAGCGACUGUAGUGCAUUGCGAUUCUUGUGGUGGCCAAGCGGAAAUUUCGAUGAACCAGUUGAAGAAUACGAAAUGCAAGUGCAUCUAUUUGGUGGAGCAUCAUCACCCAGUUGUUCAAACUUUGCUCUGAAACGAACAGCAGAAGACAACAAGGCAGAGUUCGAUCCGCAAACCGUGGAAACAGUCAGGAAGAAUUUCUAUGUUGAUGACUGUCUCAAGUCAGUGAAAUCCGACAACGAAGCAGUAAGAAUGGCAAGUCAACUACGCGAAUUGUUAUCAAGAGGUGGCUUCAGGUUGACCAAGUGGAACUCGACGUCACAAAGGCUUAUCAAGUCCUUGCCAGAGUCAGAAAGAGCGGAGAAAAUCAAAGAUCUCAACUUCGACAAGUUAUCGAUCGAAAGAGUUCUGGGAGUCCAGUGGAACGUCUCAACCGACCAAUUUGGGUUCAGCAUUGUCAUCAAAGAUCGCCCCAUGACUAGAAGAGGAAUACUGUCUGUCGUAAGUUCAGUGUUUGAUCCGUUGGGAUUCGUUGCCCCAUUCAUCCUUCAAGCGAAACGAAUUCUGCAAGAUUUAUGCCGAACGAAGCUGGACUGGGAUGAACCAAUUCCCGAGAAGUUCCAAGACCGCUGGCAAUCAUGGCUACAAGAUCUACCAAAGUUGGAAGAAUUGGAAAUCGACCGUUGCUUCAAACCCAACGAUGAAGAAGUUGUGUCAAGUCAACUGCAUCACUUCGCGGAUGCUUCUCAAGAAGGAUACGGAGCAGUUACGUACCUGAGAAUCGAGAACAAGCAAAAUAAAGUCAAAUGUUCGUUUGUCAUGGGAAAAUCUCGCCUUGCGCCAAUCAAGUCAGUGACAAUUCCUCGCAUGGAACUAUCCGCUGCGGUCACGGCAGUUAAGUUAAACAAGAUGUGUCAAGUGGAAUUAAGCCUACCAGUUGAUAAAAAGCUGUUCUGGACAGAUAGUACCUGCGUACUCAAAUACUUGGGGAGUGAAGAUAAGCGUUUUCAAACCUUCGUUGCGAACCGCAUCAGCGUGAUACGAGAAGCGUCCUCUUCAGAACAGUGGCACUAUGUCAACACUGACGACAAUCCUGCAGAUGAUGCAUCCAGAGGAGUCUCAGCUGCUCAACUACAUCGCUGGAUACACGGUCCAACCUUUCUACAGCAACCGAUUAGUGCUUGGCCACAACGACCAGAUGAUAUCAACCUGAAAAUCGCGCCAGACGAUUCUGAAGUCAAGAGAGAAUCAGCUGCGUUCGCAUGUGAAACUAUUCGUCCGGAUCUCCUUACCACAGUUAUAUCCAGAUGUUCAUCGUGGAGCCGUCUGAGAAGAGUUGUUGCUUGGGUUUUGAGAUUUAAGUCAAUUCUUCUGCGUCAUGUACGAGUGAAGGAGAACAGUAGGACUACGCAAACGACAACGAUUGCCCCAAUAACCGUUGCUGAACUGCGUGAAGCAGAGAAAGAAAUUGUUAAACACGUUCAACAAGUAGCCUUCUCAGAAGAGAUCAGCGUACUGACGAAGAACGAAAGAAAAGGAUCAAAUUGCAAGGUGAUAAAGAAAUCAAGCAGUAUUUAUCCACUCGAUCCUGCUGUCAAAAAUGGUCUGUUACGUGUUGGUGGUCGCCUACAACGAGCCCAGAUCAGCGAAGAAGCGAAACACCCCAGUAUUCUGCCGAAAACCCACCAUGUCGUCACCCUAAUUGUGAAUUAUUACCACCAUGUCUCGGGACAUUCGGGCGUGGAGCACACAUUGUCUCUCAUCAGAGAAAGAUAUUGGAUAGUCAAUGGAAGAUCAACGGUCAAGAAUAUUAUUGGGAAAUGCUACAGCUGCCGAAAACGUCAAUCCCCAGUGUCCCAACAAAAGAUGGCUGACCUCCCACGCGAUAGAGUUACCCCUUCAAAGCCGCCAUUCACCUAUACCGGAGUUGACUGCUUUGGACCGUUCGAAGUGAAACGAGGAAGAUCUACCGUUAAGCGAUACGGUGUACUUUUCACGUGCCUCACUGUUCGUGCGAUCCACAUCGAAGUAGCCUCGUCCUUAGAUACGGAAUCCUUCAUCAAUGCGCUUAGACGUUUCAUUGCACGAAGGGGUCAACCGGAAGAAAUACGCUCGGACAAUGGAGGGAACUUCGUAAAGGGUGAGAAGGAACUCAAGCAAGCAGUGAAUGACUGGAAUCAAACACAUAUACACGAAGCCCUGCUACAGCAAAACGUUAAAUGGACUUUCAAUCCGCCAGCUGGAUCUCAUCAUGGUGGCGUAUGGGAGAGGUGUAUACGGACAGUCGGAAAAGUUAUCUUGGCAACUCUGAAGGAGCAGCAGUUGGACGACGAAUCCCUCAACACCCUUAUGUGUGAAGUCGAGUCUGUGGUUAACGGCAGACCUAUUACCAAAUUGUCAGACGAUCCCCGAGAUAACGAGCCCUUGACCCCCAACCAUCUACUGUUACUCCGCUCAGGAUCGAGUGUCCCACCUGGUGUUUUCUGCAAGCAAGAUGGCUAUGGCAGACGAAGAUGGCGUCAAGUGCAAUACAUGGCAAACGUGUUCUGGCGUCGUUGGUUGAAAGAAUACCUCCCGUCUCUCCAACGAAGACAAAAGUGGAGUAUUCCGCAGAGAAAUUUCGUUGUCAAUGACGUAGUUUUGGUCCUGGACGAGAAUAAGCCACGGUGUAAUUGGCCUCUCGGACGUGUGAUUGAAGUCUACACGAAUGCUGGUGACAAGCUCGUGCGAUCAGUAAAGUUAAAGACAAGUUCAUCUGAACUUGUGAGACCAGUGGACAAGAUCGUGCUACUGGAGGAAGAUCAAUCAGGGAAGCAAUGAACAAGUAACGUACAGUACUUUCCUCAAACUAUUAUAUUGGCCAGUUUAGUCUAUUGUUCAGUUUAUUCCAAUUGUUUCAAACCAUUUUGUUAUGUUAGUUAUUAGUAAAGGCUCAUAAUCCGCCUUUAAGGGGCCGGUAUGUAGGUUUGAAACGUACUUUAGAAGAUUGACAUGUUGCCAUUUCCAUGGUAACGUAAUGCUGCAUAUUUUUAGGGUCUGUUAGUUUAGGGUUUCAUAUUUCAAUAUUGUGAACUAAGCAGAGCGAGAACGCUAAACAUUCUAUUGUGAAUUUAUACGGGCGAAUUAUCUAUUAUCUAUUCAAGUUUGGUGUGCGCCGACCAAAGUAAGUUACAUUUAUCUUGUUGUAAUAGUCAGUUCUCUAGUCUAGUCUAGUCUAGUUUUCAAUCGCGUAUCAUGUUAAACAGUAUUCAUGUAUAUGCUUACGUUAGUUUUGCGCGCAUGCCGUAAUCUGUAAUUCUUUUCCUAAUUGUAUAAUAGUUCGAACCCACAUUCCAUAUUCCUUAACCAUAUUCCAUAUACCAAUCUAUCUACCAAUACCUAUCAAACCUUAACCUCAAUCGUUAUCGAGCUAUCUCAACAACAGAACAUUGUAAUUAACUGGUAUUAAAGUUAUUGUUUGUGUAUGAUCGGUGUGUGUGGAGUUCGUAUUAUUGCUGCGCAUCAUACUUGAAUCGACUCUUGGACUUUGCGAAUUUCAACAAUCUGCCCAGAGAGUCUACAUUUAUUACAAUACGAAUUCUCGUGGAUUUGAGAAAUUUUUCAUGGAUUUCUUUACUAGACUUACUCGUUUUUUUUGAACUUUGAAAGACGUUUUAGUAAUUUGGAGGCUGUUUUGUAUAUGACAAUAGGGCCAUUUAUACGGGACAAAAUAAGUCGCGACUUACAUAAGACGCGACUUAAAAAGUGGAGUCAUCGCAUAAAUGGUUCUCUACAGCUUUGGUCUUAUUUAUUUGCUAUAGCUAUAAUGUUGUUUUGGUUGUUUUUGUUUUAAUAGGCAAGGCAUUAAAUUUUACGUUGUUUCAAGUUUCUGGCAUGUGUAGUUAGACUUUUUGUCCAAAAUUUCUUAUUUAAGACGCGACUUAAAUAAGAACAGCUAAACGACCUGUUCUUAUGUAAGACGCGUCUUAUCCAGGACUCGUCUUACAUAAGAAUUUUGUACCUUUUAUACCACAAGCUCGCGUCUUACUUAAGACGCGUCUUAUGUAAGUCGCGUCUUAUUUUGUUCCGUAUAAAUGGCCCUAUGACUGCAGCCUACAGUAAAAAUGCACGCGCGAGAUCUCAGAAUAACAGUAUUAUUAAGUAAGCCCCCUUGAUGAGUGUGUACGCUCUUGGGGCAAACUCAUUCUCAUCAGAAAUAUGUUUAAAUAAAGUAGCUAAUAUAUUAUAUGUAUUGCUAGAAAUUCCCAAAACAUUCAUUUGUCAUUGAAAACGUUGAACAACCAACAAGCAGGAUGAUGUCAUAUAAAUAUAGAGCACGAGGCAAAACGUCCAUGUUCCUUCGAUCAACGGCAGUAAAUAAAUAUUGUAUUUAAUAUAUUAAAUUAAGGACUGUGUUACUGUUGAAGUUAUAACAUGAACGUUUUGCCUAGUGGCUAGUGCUUUAUAUAUACGACACCAGCUUUUUGAUUUGGUUGUCAACGUUUUCAAUGACAAAUGAAUGUUUUGGGAAUUUCUAGCAAUACAUAUAAUGUAUUAGCUACUUAAUAAUACUGUUAUUCUGAGAUCUCGCGCGUGCACUUCUACUGUAGGCUGCAGUCAUUGUCAUAUACAAAACACUGUCAGCCUCUAAAUUACUAAAACGUCUUUCAAAGUUCCAAAAAGCGAGUAAGUCUAGUAAAGAAAUCCAUGAAAAAUUUCCCACAAAUCCACGAGAAUUCGUAUUGUAUAUAAUAAAUACGGAUGAACUUUAUAAUUCCUCUAAAUUCUUACAUGGCGCCGUUUCAUACAAUUGCAAGUCAAAUAACCAUAUGCAAACAUAUUAUUCAAAUAAUAAAAAAGAUAGCAAAGUUAAAUAUUGGUUAUUGUUCAACUAAAUUUAGAAUAGAGUCACAAGUACAUAGUACGGCAGAAUAUUGAAAGCGAAACUGAAAUAUAGUACAUGCGGCAAAAGCCUCGAGCGAAACUUCGUUUGCAUGUUUGCAAACAAGCAAUACUCAUGCAUUGAUAUUCUGUACCGGCCGACAUAAUAUAUUUAUCCUUGCCCAUGAUAAAAAUUAUUUAAAAAAACAACAAUACAAGUAAAAAGUAAAGAUCGUAACCAUCUAUCACCCCGAAUUUAAUGCGAAACACGUGAAUUUAUAGAGAAACACGUGCGUUGCUUCAUAGCUCGUAUUCCAGCGUGUUCCGGGUGGGGUUCCGGGUGUUCCGGAUGGGGUUCUGGGUGUUCCGGGUAGGGUUCCGGGUGUUCCGGGUAGGGUUCCGGGAGGGGUUCCGGGUGUUCCGUGUAGGGUUCCGGGUGUUCCGGGUGGGGUUCCGGGUGGGUUCCGGGUGGGGUUCCGGCUUUUACAGACACCCAUUUCUUUUAGGCGCUUUGUCAGUGACGGUUUUGUCAAUUGCAAAGGACAUAUUUGUGUACCACGCGAUUACAAUUCUUUGCAAGCGGCGUGUGAAAAACUGCAAGUUUCAGUUUGGUACACAAAUAUGUCCUUUGCAAUUGACAAAACUGUCACUGACAAAGCGCCUAAAAAAACGGUCGUUUCGCAGUUUACUGGGAACAAUAGUACAUGAAAUAUAAACCAUGUUCUACAGUUGGAUCAAAUUACAUGAAGUAAUUAGUAAUGCAGUGCUUCCAUUUUCAAAAAACAUAAUUUCCAUCCAACCGUUCAAAAUUUCCUUAUUUUUGAAAAAAUUUCCUUGCAAUAAAAAUUAUUGAAUUUUACCUAAUUUAAAACUGAUUUUAUAGUAAUUUAUCUCGAAUAACAGGGUAUUUCUUGUUCUAGAAGGAACAUCUAGACGUUACAGGGGCUGAUUUAUCAAAGGGGAGAGACAAAGAGUUUACAUAGAUUAACACGAAGGAGAAUAACCAGGGGGGUCUGGGGAUCCUCCCCCAGAAAAUUUUCAGAUUUUGCAUCUCGUAGAACAGGAUUUUCAGCAUAUUUUGAAGCACAUUUCCUUGGCAAUUGCCGUAUUCUUAAGGUUUUUUACAAAUAAGGCAAUUUCCUUCACAUUUCCUUCAAUCUUCCGAAAUUACCUUCAAAUUUCCUUCAGAUUCGAAUUUCCUUAUAAUUUCCUUCAACUAGUUAAAAUUUUCUUCAAAAAGGAAAUUUCCUUCAAAAUGGAAGCCCUGGAGUAAUGACAUAACGAUCGAGCGCAAAAUUCGAAUCGUGCUAUUAAAUCACCGUGUGUUAAUAAUAAAUAAAGGAUUAAAAGAAACUUUCAUUCAAUUCUUAGUUUCCCUAAUCCUUAUACAUUUACGGGUUGUGAAGUUGGAUUAAAGUACAUGUUUUAGACUUUUACGCCAACUACUUUUGAGAUGAUCUGUUUACGCCACGCCAGUUUGAUAUGGCCAAAUAAACAGGCAAAAUUACGCCAAUUUUGGCGUAGUCGACUAAAUUAUACGCCGAAUAUAUUCGGCGUAACAUACGAACUUUCCAGUAUGGACUACAAGUGCUUUAAAUGGCUUAAAAAACGACUCAUCUUAUACGAGUUUAUUGGCGAAGUAAUUUUUAAAAUAAACUUUGUCUGAACCGAGAAAAUCAAAGCUAAAGUUUAUGUAAAUUAACAUGAUUUUUUAUCACAUAUAAAACCACGACACGCUUAUGAUUUUUCUUUGUGUUUUGCUCCUGAAUUAUUAAUGAGUUUUUUAAAGAUAUUUCGAGCUCGGAUAAAAGUGAUAAUCUCACAUGUGAGAUUAUUUAUGAUAAUCUCACAUGUGAAAAUUAUCACUUUUCGGUGAUCGCUUUUUUGUAAAAAUUAUCGCUUUUCAAAGACUGUCCUUUAUAUAAUAAACAGAACUCGUGUUGAACAUGAUAUCUAACUCGUUCGCUGCGCUCACUCGUGAGAUAUCAUGUUCAACACUCGAAAUAAAUCUGGUAUUUCCGCGCACCCAUGUAUUAUUCUCUAUUUAAAAACUUUUGUAGAGAGUUUACGAACAAUUCGCAACUAUUGCGAAGCAUACUUAGAACAGAAGUGUCUUUCCUUUAACAGAGCGGUUAAAAGUACUGGUAACAGAAUUACAUGAUGAUUUAAUUGAAAGGAACGGCAAUUCUCAUGUCAGCGGUCAAUUUGAGUGGGUUGAUGGCCAAUUGGUAAAAGCUCUUAAAAACGGACAUUGGCUUUUGAUUGAUAAUGUUAACUUUUGUAGGUAAGUGUUCUAAGGUCUGUUCAAAUUAAACGCUUUUUAGAUUAAUGCACUGUUAAUUUCAGCGAGUUAACUUAACUCCGGUGGAGUUAUACUGUACCUCAAUUAACUCCAAAUGUAGAGUAAAAUUAGGUUCAGAAUAAUACCGCAGGAGUUAAAUUUAUUCCCCGAAAUUUACAGUGUGGUUAACUUAAACAUUGUAUAUUUAUAUAGUCCAUCUGUUUUGGAUCGUUUGAAUGGCUUGUUAGAACCUGGUGGGGUAUUAAGUAUAAACGAGCGAGGCGUGAUUGAUGGAGAGAUUCCUGUGGUAAAACCACAUCCUGAUUUCAGGUGAGUAAUUUUCUUGUGCUUAUGUCUGAUAUUAGGUUAAACUUUAAUUUCUUGCUGUUUCAUUUUAUUUGCCUAAUAAAAUUAACAUGUAUUUUACAGAGUAUGCUUCAUGUAUAUCAUUUGCAGGAAACCUUUUUUAAGUAUAGAAUCAAUUUCUGCAAGGGGGCAAACCGAGCAUGUGGAAGACUGGAAUUCAUGUUACUUUCUUUUUUCCAGAUUGAUUUUUGCUAUGGAUUCAAGACAUGGAGAAAUCUCACGAGCCAUGAGGAAUAGAGGCGUUGAAAUUUUCAUGAUGCAGGAGGUAUAAGGAAUCGAUAUUUUUAUUUAUUAUUUAUUUUUUUAAUUUUGCCCCCAAAAUUACAGUAACAAAUCAGAAAAAAGAGUAUUUACAAGAAGUGGGCUAGGGGCCUACUAGAAACCAAGUGGCUUUUAUUUAAGACCCCUAGGUUAUUAGUUUACAAUAAAUAUUUAAAAUAUGUGGGGCCAAGGUUAUUAGUUUACAAUAAAUAUUCAAAAUAUGUGGGGCCAGUCAAUUCGAAGCGUAUAUCCCGGUCAUCGUGCGCAUUUGACAAUUUGCCUCUCAGGGUUGAAGGAGUUGAAAUCUAAUGUUUGCCGGAUAAUUUCUAUGAAGAAUCCUAAAACAGUAGUGAAAUAUUGGGGGUGCAACUUUAGGUUACCAACAUUUUUUAACCCUUUGUUGAUGCAAAUGUCAUUUCCCUCGUACCUUCCUGGGAAUUAUUGAAACUUGCAAAAUAUAAAACGACAUUAAAACCAGCCAAAGAUACGGCGCUGGUUUCCUUUCUAGUGUUCUCAUGAAUAUUCAUAAUUUGAAAAGAAAUGAUUUAAAAUUGCAAAAUUCAGAGAUAUUUGUCACAUCAAAGUAACAAUAUUGGUUUGUAUUUUUCAGGACUGUGAUACUGAUGAUCUCUGUAGCAUGUUGUAUGCGUCAGGUUGUAGAAAUUCCACGGCAAUACAGACUCUUUCGAACUUUCACGAUCAGAAUAAAAAAGGUAUAUGCAUGAUUACUAAUCUGAAAACAUAGAACUGGAGUGUCCCUUUAAAUCAGCUAAUUUUGAAGCCAGAAUAUUUAUAAUGAAAUGAGAUUUUAAAGUUUCUCAAAAUCUCUGCAAGUCGGAUUGUGACGUUUUUAAAUUAGCUAUAUUAACAAGCAAAUGUCUUUUCCUAUUUAACUUGAAAGAUAUAUAGCUUCCCACAUAUCUUCUAAUGAGUUUUACAACGUUUUAUACACUAGGUAAUGAGACUUUUGGCAGCCAUCUUGGUGUGACAUUCAUUAGCUAUUUACAGGCAAAUUUAAGGGAAAGAGAACCCAUUGUUGAUAAUUUUCUAGUCAGACAAUGUUUUUCAUUUCCCACCGAUAACUAUAGACUGUAAAAAACCUUUACCACUAUGUCACCAAUACUGCAGUAGAUAUCUCGAGCCAGAACUCGAGUCUGGAACUGACGUCCUAUAGCUCUUCAAUUUCCGCCAUCUUGGCAAGGAGUGUGCCGAAAUUUCGUAUUUUGAACUGAAAACUGAACUGAAAACUUGAUUAGCGAUUUAGCUGGGGAAAAAUGGUGUAAAAACUGUUUACGACCUUCAGAGCUAUUGGACGUCAAUGGCCGCCAUCUUGACUUCACUUUUCUCAUAGGCCGAACGACUGAAGUUCUUGCUCUAGGUAUAUACAGCUAAUUCAAUUAAGGUUGUCUUUUUAUUAUAUUAAACCUGAAACUCUGAGCACGCAAGGGUGGUCAUUGCUUAUUUUGACUCAUAGACUUUGAAAUUUUGCUUUGCAAGAAUACCUAAGACAUCGCAAGGGAUGAUUGGUUAUUGCUUAUUUUGACUCAUAGACUUUGAAAUUUUGCUUUGCAAGAAUACCUAAGACAUAUUGUAUAAGACUCACGACAGAAAACAUACUUACUGCAAACGCAAUUUUAUGAGUUUAUGGGUCUAAUAGGUGAAACCCAUCAUCCCUAGCAGCCUUGCGUGCUCAGAGUUUAAGGUUUAAGGUUUUGGAAGGACAACCUUAAUUGAAUCAACUGUAUAUGGAGCUCAUAGCUCUACCUUCAUUCAUAGUAACUUUUUAACUGUUGAAAUACCUAGGUUCACUUCUUCAGACCAUUCAUACUGGAUCUUUGAUGAGUGAGCUCUGGCAAAGAGGAAUUGAACUUGAGAAGUCACUUGUCAUGUCAAUGAACCAUGUUUAUGGCCAAAUGUGUGAUUUGCCACAGGUACAAUGAGUGGUUACUUCGAUCGUAAUGACCUUUGGCAUUGCUAACGUAAACAUGCCAAAUAAGUACAGUUGCUCACGGAAUACAAUUUUCUUAUUUACCCUGAUUCUUGGGGAGGAUUUCCACUUACAGAGAAAUAUUUCGUCGUCGAAAUAUUUCGCUUGAAUUCUCUUGAAUUGUGACUAUCCGAAUAAAUCAUUUCCAAAUAAAUCGAGCGAAAAAUUUUAACAGCGAAAUUUUUCUUGCAAGUGGAUAUCCAGCUCUAUUACCUCUGUUCAUGGAAAACCAUACUGUACACUGAAUACCAUGCUAUUUUAUACCAUACCAAAUCAUACCAAUUGGCCAUUCUCACGAUGACGAAUAUCCGCCAUUUUUGGGUGGCAUCCAAUUCUCGUUAACCAAUGCAGACAAUUAAAACAAUGUGAAAAGCAAUUUUUCAAAAUAAACUAACGAUUUACAAAGCAAAUUUACCAUCAUUCGUCCAAAAAAUUAUAAAAAGUCGCUGUUAUGUGGACUAUCUCGUAUGCCACCGUUUUUUACUUGUAUUUGAGAGAUCAGUUGAAUUCAACCUGUUCGAGUCAAAAUAUUUCUAUGAGCGCCUUUGGGAGCUACCUUGUGACUAAUAUCUAAUCAUGGAGCACAAGUGCUAACAAUGCAAGCAGUUGCAACUUAACUCACCCUGUCAACAUUCCCUGUGGAAGGAAACCGAGGGUACCCAGAGAACUUAUGACAUUACGAUUUUCAACUUGAAUUUACGUGAUAAAUUCCAGAAAAAUUUGAUACACCAAACACUAUAUGUAUUUAAGUAACUCUGUGUUUGAAUAAUUAAACCAUAUAGGCUUAGUACAAAAAGAUUAUUUUAAUAACUACGUUUCGGAGUAUAACUCCAUCUUCAGGUUAAAAAGUAACUAAAGAUAUGAUAUCUUUAGUUACUUUUUAACCUGAAGAUGGAGUUAUACUCCGAAACGUAGUUAUUAAAAUAAUCUUUUUGUACCAAGCCUAUAUGGUCUAAUUAUUCAAGCACAGAAUUAUUAAAAUGCGGCUUAGAGAAAGUUCCGUCAUACAAGAAAUCUAUUUGUACCCUUGCAGUUCAUGACAGAAGAACAGUUAGUUCUAGAACCUUCAAAACUUUUGAAACACAAACUAAAGCCGACAGCUACGAGUUUCCAAAAGGAUGCAAUCCAUGCUAUGAUUACUUGGCAUGCUACUCCACUUGAAAUACUUAUUGAAGAUAUCAGCAAAUCGCCAUUAAGGGAUGUCAGAAUAGUGAUAAAUAUAUUCUUGGAAUGGUGCAGUAAAGAAGAUUGGCGUACGAGGUUGGAUUGGUUGAAAUCUAGCUUGCUUCCUAGCAGGAUUGGCAGUGAUAGAUUUACAUCUGAAUCUGAAAUAGCCGAUUACUGUCUUCAAAAGUUGUUUGAGAGUAAGGUUGUAAAGCUGUUGUAUGAUAUCUAUGGAAAGUUGGAAAUGAAUUAUAUAGGUAUGUUCAAAGAUCAUUGGAGCACUGCAAAUUUCUUUGCCCAUUGUUUUAAAAAUCCAAAUCCCAACAUCCAUCCUUUGGCAUUGUCAUGUCGUUAUUUCCCACGACUUAUAUAUUACACCAAAUGUUUCCCAACAGAAUGUUUUUCUCCUAGAUUGCAAGUUUGAUGCAAGUUAUCAACCUGUAAAUGUCAGAGUGAAUGGACCUUUAUAUAAAUAUAUAUCUUGCAAGAUUCAUUGGGAUGAAGAAAUGUCAGGCCAAUUCACCAGCUAUAUCAACAGGUAUUGUUUAUAAUUACAGUUAUAUGUAUUGUUGAAAAGAUUUUGCAAGUGGAAAUUUUGAGAGGACAGAUGAUUCCAUCUAUAGACUAAAUUUUGAUCUCGGCAAGAAGAACAAAAUCCAUCACCACAGCCAGAAGGAGCACGUUAAAAUUAGUAAAAUUGCAAAGUUUGGUUGCGAAAUGUUGUAAAAUGCGGAAAAUAUAGCCUUACGAAAUUUGCAAAUCUUGUAACAUGCUGCAUGCAUUUUCCCGCGCGUAAUACAAAUUAAUACAAAAUUUGCAACUUUCUCAGCGCUAUAUUUUCCGCAUUUUACAACAUUUCGCGGCCAAACUUUCCAAUGUUACUAAUUUUAGCAUGUUCUUUCUAGCUGUGGUGAUAGAUUUUGUUUUUCUUGCCGAGAUCAAAAUUUAGUCUAUAGCUGCAAUCACCUAUUUUAUAGGAGCAUAUUUUGGGCCUAACCAUGCAGGGGCAGUUUUUGAGUUGAAAAUAUAGCUCUUCUAGAAGAAAUAAAACCUCGAGCCGUGCAAAUCCAUGGCAGUGCUCUGACAAGAUAUACUAGGGUGAUGCAAUGAUCUGUAGUGUUGAAGUGGUCCAUCUUACAUUUUAUGUUUGGAAAAAUCAACAGCAGUUCUGAAAUAGUUUCGACAAGUACACACAAAAACAAAAUGUAAAUAAUAAACCUAAACGAUGGAAACAAUAAAAUAAUUCUUGUGUAAAUAUUCAGUGUCCCCAUGCAGGAAUCGAACCUGUGACCCUGCGAUUCUGGUUCAGCCCUCUAUAACCAACUGAGCUACAGCGGCCGGUUGUCGCGAUAUUGAGCUCUCGUGCAAUAUUCUAAACUAUUGAUGUUGAAUUCUUCUACAAUAGGACGAAAGUGUCUAUUGUUUUGUUCUUCAUUCUAUACACUUGUUUGUGAUAUGUUGUUUUAUGCGUCUGUAUGUAUAUGUCUGUGGACAUAUGUCCUGCUUUUCCAACAUCAUUGACACAAUUUUGUUGCAUUUACAGGGUAUAUUUACUAUGGACGUUCCUUGCAUUGGAAGGGGAGGCAGAAUCCUACUUAAAAUUUGUUGAUAAAGAGCAGUUGAAUACACCUUUAACACCUUUAACGUUGUCAUUUGCUUAUAUGAAGCGUAAGUACUUAAAUUAAGAGCUUGCUCAAUAGCUUGCUCAUUUGUUUUAUUCCGUUUUAAAACCUAAUUCAAACGUCCAGCGUUCAUGUGCCGACCUAUAAUUAAGCCGUAUAAUUAAGUCCGACCUAUAAUUAAGGCCCUUAAGAGUUAGUAGCUCUACCUCUUGCUACUAACUCUUGACGAAGGGCCUUCGCUCGAAACGUCGAGUUUCUGCUUAUUUUUUAAGCUAGUAAUAUAACCACUCAGCACAGCAUUUUCACAUUGGUACUACCAACACUGGUACAGACAGUUUUUGUAUAAAAAAGGUAGCUAAUUCAAAUUUACUGUGCUUUUGUGCCCUCAAUAGUAAGUGCACAGACCCAAUUUUUCCGGCAAUUUGUAAUCGGCUUGUAUUAAUAUUGGUCAAUUGUGCUUGAAAUGAUACGAAAAAGGUGUCAUUCAACCCUAAUUUUUAGUAAUAUGGAAACGUUAGAUCUAUGCACUUAACAUUGAUUGUACAAGAGAUCGCUAAAUUUGGUUGCAUUUUUUUAUACACCCUGUUUGUAAAAGGUCGAACAUAUCGAAAUGAAGUGAAGGUAUUCUUACUGGAAAUGAGUAUACCAUCUUUCCAUUUAGGAUCUGUAUCGGUGUGAUAUCUCACUGUGGUGAGAAAGUAGGUGGCUGUCCUCAAUACAGCAGUCAUGCCAGUAUUGUUACUUUGUACAUUUGUGCUUGGUCAAGAAAGCAUAGUCUUUCAAGAUAUGUUGGUCUGGAAGCCCGGCAAACUUCAAAGCUACAAAAUAGAAGGCCUUUGCUUGACGUUGAGCUGUACAUCACCGUGCACAAAUCCUUGGGUCUGCAAGAAGCUCUAGGAAGAUGUUCGGUGAUUGGUUGAUUAUGACAAUGACAAAAACAACAAGCUAUAGAAUGGAUUUUCUAAAGAACGGAGCAAGAACAAUAUUCCUUUUGUUUAUGUUUAUGUAAGCUAAUUACGUCUUUUGUCAUUGUCAUAAUCAACCAGUCACAGAACAUCUUCCUAGAGCUUCGUGUUUACUGAAAUCCUUUGUCUCAACUUUAUUAAAUAUUCUUCAAUGUGGCUGCACGUUUCAUCUCGGUUAUCCCUAUUGGACGGUUACUUCAUUAUACGAAAAUACAAUUAGCUCAAUCACCGUGACCGUGUACCUCUAUGCUGUGCACAAAUCAACAUAAACUCGAGCAAAAACAUAAUACAAAGACUUCUGCAUGUUCAGUUUCCAGACAAUCAUAUCUUGAUAGACUGUGAACAAGCUAAGCUUAUAGUCAUAGAAUAAAGAUCCAUAUAGAAGGGCCACUUACGUCGGAAGCUUUGAAGUUUCUGUCCUCGCGCAUGUCGCAUUACGCAUGUUGGCCGCCAUUUUCCUAGCCAGUCAAUGACAUUUUCUGGCCAAUAAACAUGCACGCUGUACUGGCUGGCUGCUGGUCCUUCUGGCCAGUAAACUGAAUAUUUUGCAUAAAAACACGCGGACGUGUUGCACCGCUGAGCGGCCCUUCUGUUACUGCUCUUUAUUCUGUGUUAUAGUUACAGUAUGAUUUAAGUUCUUGUCAAAUGGAUGUAUGUCAUUAAGAAAGCAUCAUUAGGACGAAUGCAGAUUGGAAAGAGCAAAGAAAUUUUCAAUAAAAAAUUCUACUUCAUCGCAUUGAUAUGGUUGUAGUUUUUCGACAAUAGCUGAGCUACAAAUAUCUGAUUUUAUUAGUUUAUUCUUACUAUUCCUUUGCCAUUGUUUAAAGACGAGAUGGAAUGAUGGAUGCACAGUAUAUUUUUUAGCCGGUGAUAAACCUCAUAACGCACCGCCAGUCGCUGGCUUGUUUUGAAAGCCCUGGUUAAUGUAAUAUUGUAUGGUGACGUCUGUUUAUUUCAGGUGACAUGAGAUCUGACAUGAGAUCUGAGAGUCUUCCUCACAAAGGAAUUGCACAUAUUUUCCCGUUAUUACAUUCAUUUCAAGAAUGUAUGCGAUAUCUUUUGGAAAGUAGUAAUCUAGAUUUCAAAGAUAAUGUUGCGUACGAGGUAUGCAAAUUGAACUAACUUUUUUACACUAGAUAUAGCUCUAUCAGUGUAACUGUGUAACAGUUUCUCCCUAGAGGUCCAGUAAUAUCCUGGCUUUCGUUUUCGACCCAAAAUUACUGUGGGAAGAUAGAGGAGGGGAGGGGUACCUUAUGGAACUAUGUGAAAGAAAACACCGACAAAAUAGACAACUACCGGAUAUAUACAGACAACUAUUGAACUAAGUUCUUUGAAUGUUUGCAUGGCGAUAAAAUAUAAUUGUUUUUGUUUGUGGAAACACCACGUAAUUUUAUUACUGCAAAGCUUUCGAUCCGUAAGCCCGGAUCUUCAUCAGUGCUAAUAAUAUGUCAUUAUUUGCAUAUUAUUAGCACUGAUGAAGAUCCGGGCUUACGGAUCGAAAGCUUUGCAGUAAUAAAUUUACGUGGUGUUUCCACAAACAAAAACAACUAUUGACUAUUCUGCAAUCUGAUAUUUUUGGAAGAAAUUAAACUGAACUAUAAAAACAAGGUCAUUUUAUAGAUGUGAAAUCAACAAGUAUACUUGCUUUGUCUCAAAAGCUUUAAGCUGCAGCGUUUACAUGCGGCGGUGUGUCGUGUAUGAUUCGUAUUCUGGCGUAUGUAUAAUCGAAUACGCACGCGUAAAGUGGUUGCAUUUCAAAUUUUGCCAUAAUCUGAAUUAAGAGGAAUUGUGGCGUCAGCGGUAAAUUUCAUACGCCAGAAUACGAAUCGUAACAAAUUCGAGUUUUCAGCAAUUUGAAGUAUUAUUUAAAAAAAUAGUUUACCUGGUUUAGGGAAAAAUAUUGCCAUACUGAGGAGUCUGUGAAUUCAGUAGUUGUCUAUAUAAUAAAACAGUUAAUCUUAUUGUCGUUAUAUAUGGCAGAUAGCUAACUCGGUGCUCUAAUACGACUCGAGUUCGCGGAAUAAGUACUAUACUUUCUAUUCCAGAUAUGGGUGUCUUUAAGGCAGUACAAGCAGUUUUUCGAUGCGUGCACUCAAUGUUACUCCCAGGAUGAAAAUUAUCAUGUCUUGUUUGAUAUACGCUGGAAAUUCUUCAGCAAUGAAACACUUGGUACUAUUUGUAAAUUUUUGAAUGGACAUUGUUGUGAAAUGUAAGUGGAAUAUAAAUUUAUGUGGUGAUAUAAACUUAAAUGUGGAUUUUCUUUAUGUUUUUGCUUUCCCGUGAUAAACUGAAUUAUUGUAUGGCUUUUUGAAAUUCUCUAUUCUGAUUGGUUGACAAGCGGUCCGUAAAAACCCAUAUCCGGACCGUGGUCCGUAUUUUCCGCAUCUGGACCGGUGUCCCGGAUGUCGUUUAUCUGGCGGGAAAUUUUUGCUCUGCAAACAGAAAACAUUUUUGCUUUUUAAUUUUCCAAUUGUGUGUCAUUGAAAUUUACAGAUACAAAUUUCAAACAACCAAAUCGUUUUUGAUUGAGCAUGCAUGCCUACCGUAUAUAACAACCCAGUGAAACUGACGAUAGCCGAUUUAAUUCGCGCGAAAAGCAUCUGCUCACAGACUCAGCUCAGCCAUAUAAUAAACCGAUUAUUGACCUCGCUUGAUCGGUCUGUGCUGUGAAAUAUCAGACCUCUGUUUUUUGCAUGGACCUCGCUCCUUCGUCGCUCGAUCCAUACUAAAAAUCCUCGGUCUGAUAUUUCAUAGUACAGACCUCGCGCUCGGUCAAUAAGCCGUUAGUAUCACAGGCAGGAUCGUUGGACGAAAUCUGUGAGACAGUGUUCUUUUGUAAUUUGCAAGAAUACCAGUGGUGUAGACCAUGCAUGACCAUUGCGGUUCCGAAACAAAGUUUGUUAGUCUGUUAGUUUGUUCGGAAUCAUAAGCUUUAGUUGGUAUUUAUUCAAAAACGAACGCGCUUAUCCAUGGUGCACUUGUUUGCGCAUGCUCCGGAGCACUGCACUACUGUGGUACUAUGUCUAUUUUGUGUGAAAAGUCUAAAUUUCGGGAAAUCAUAAACAUAUAUCAUUUUGUGCUUACAUUUAAAUUGUCAGCACAUAUAUUUUAUGUGCAUGAACUGUGAACGUUUUCCCCAUCUUUGUUUACGUUUCAAACAUUUGGCAUUAUUUUUAAAUGCAAAAGUGAGGUUUUAGUGAGGUUCUAUGAUUAUCGAAAUUGUAUGUGGGUAUAAAGUUUUCACUGGUAAAAGAAUAUUGAAUUAAGCUUUGCCGCUAAUGUUUUACAGUAGUGCCCUCGGAAAGCUGUUGAGUGUGAAGAAAUGUCUGGACGAGAUGUGUAGCAGAGAUGAUGAGCUUGCUGUAUGUCGCUGGAAGAUGAUCCAUGAUUUUGAGCAUCCAUCUGUAUUUGUUUUCGAAGAAAUGUGUCUUUUAUGGGUAAGUGCACUGCUUUUUCAACGGUUAGUUCGUCUAUUAACCGUGCUUUUUCUUUUCUCAUAUCUUUUCUUUGUUCCCAAUUAUACUGGUGUAAAUUUUGUUUAAGGUUUUGUCGUCAAGAAUAAGCUGUCAUCAAUGGGUGAUUCCAAGCUCUAUAGACUAAAUUUUGAUCUAGGCAAGAAGAACAGAAUCGAUCACCACAACUAUAGAAAGAACUUGUUGUAAAAUGAGAAGAAUAUAGCGCUAUGAAGCGCUUUCUAGCUGUGGUGAUGGAUUUUGUUCUUGCCUAGAUCAAAAUUUAGUCCAUAGCUUGAAUCACCCAUUAAAAACUAGAAAACAUUCCCUUUUAUAGAAACACGCGUAG